UUGAUUUUUCUGUUGUUCCUGUGAUGUGUUGCUGAGUUACUCAGACAGGGAGAACAGCGUUGGACCUAGCCAGGCAAGAGAAGCAUGAGGGAUGUGUGCAGUUGCUGGUGGAUCACGAGAGUGCGAAGAUGCAACUAAAGGAGAAAGAGGAGCUUCGAACUGCUGCCGUGGCUGAGGACAUCAUUGGUGGCAAGGACGAGGCCAGCGUGGUACGCGUGCGUAUGUACCUUGUCGGCAAGUACGCCACAGGAAAGUCCAGCUUUGUCCGGUCACUGCUCGGUGAAGAGUUCAUUGAAAACGCGGACAGCACCGACUCCAUUUCCAUCCAUCGAUCCAGACUCAGAAUGCAUCUCUCCUCUUCAACCGCCACAGGCACACACGCAGCGGCACAAGUUCUUGUGGACGACAGUCAACAUAGUUUCUUUGCCAAUCUUCUCACAGCUCGUAUCCGAUCAUCUCUAGAUCUGGUCAAGAAAAUCAAGGAGGCUCCAGAGAUACCACAACCAUCUGCAUGGUUCAAGCUCAAGAAACUCGCCACGUCCCUACUUCCAAGUACUGCUUCGUCUACUUUCCCUACUGCCUCCGCUACCGGCACCGGAGCAUCUGCUGCAUACUCUAUCAACAAUGAGUUUGCCAAUGUUCCCCACGCUGAUGAACUGAUCAAAGUAGCACCAGAUGUUAUCUCUCAAGUUCGCUCGUCUGUCGGCAAUGUGGAUAACAGUUCAAAUGAAGUGGAAGCAGCAUAUGCGUUUGUUGAGCUGUGGGACAUGGGUGGACAGAUGCCGAUGUUGGUACAACAAAGCAUCUCGUUUUCAGUUUGUGACAGCGUGUACAUUGUGACUCUUGACAUGAGGUGUGACCUGGAUGAGGAGGUAACGGAAGACGUCUACCGCUUUGAUGGUCAGGAAGUUGUAACUUGCACACCGUUGCCAGGAAUGACGCAGGCUGACUACCUUCACAUGUGUCUGUCACUGAUUGCUUUGCAGCAUAGGGCAGACACACACACUGACCAGCAGCAACAGCAGCAGCAGCAGCAGCAACCAGACACAGAGACGGGUAAGAACAGUAGCAGCAAUGGCAGCCACCAUCAUGAUGAGAGUAGCACAGCCGUCAUGGUUGUUGUUACACAUGUGGAUCUUGUCGACGACAACCAGAUGGAGAAGAAGAAGAAGCUGUUCUUCAAUGCCGUGUCCAAGCUGGCUGAAAGGGCCGGACCCAAAGUCAAGAUCUGUGGACCCUUCUUUGUUGACAAUCACCGUCUUCAAGAUCGAGUAUCGCGCCACAGCCAGCUCGCAGAAGCACAGCAAGAGCUCUCUAGAAUUGUGUCUGCCUUUCCCGUCCAAGCAAUUCCCUUGAUGCAAGUGAAGAUAGAAGAAGCUAUUUCUCUCCACCAGAAGCAAAUGCUGCGCUCUGCAAAGGCAGGGUGCAGUGAUAAGCAGCAGCAGAGUUUUGUCAGCAUGGUCUACCCCCAGUUUGUAGACUUUUGUCGGCAUGUUAGCGGCAAAGAUCUCUCGCGGACACAAGUGUCGGAUCUACUGCAUGACCUUCAGCAACAUGGAACAGUAUUCUGCUGUGACUGCCCGCAUCCAGACACUUUAAGUGUCAUCUUCCUGGAACCUCAGCAGCUGCUACUCAGCUUUGUACGCUUGAUGACCUUCCCUCUAAAGGAGACAGCUUUUCCAAGCACCUCGGCAACAUUAGUCAAAGAUGUGAAACACUUUCGCUGCACGGGAAUUGCCAGCGCUAGCCUAAUAGAGAGAGUUUGGUAUCCACUAAGCCAUGUUGUUCAGCUAGCCCUCUGCAAAUCCAUGUGUUACUUCAAUCUGGCAGCAGAGCUUGAGCCCACCAGCAGCACAGCCACCAGCAGCACAGCCACCAGCAGCACAGCCACCAGCAGCACAGCCACCAGCAGCACAGCCACCAGCAGCACAGCCACCAGCAGCACAGCCACCAGCAGCACAGCCACCAGCAGCACAGCCACCAGCAGUACAGCCACCAGCAGUACAGCCACCAGCAGUACAGCCACCAGCAGCACAGCCACCAGCAGCACAGCCACCAGCAGCACAGCCACCAACAGUACAGCCACCAGCAGCACAGCCACCAGCAGUUCAGCCACCAGCAGUACAGCCACCAGCAGUACAGCCACCAGCAGUACAGAUACCAGCACUGGAGCGUGUGGCAGUGGAGUCGGCAGCAUUAGCAGCAGCAGCAAGAACAGGAGCAGACAAGGCAGAUCUCUGGUUGUCACGCCAGGCCUACCCGACCUCUUCAUCCCGUUCUGUUGCAACCAGGAAGCAUUACGGUUGGUUUUGGAGGAUGAUGUUCCCUUUAAGCUACCGUUUAACCACCUCAGUUUCCCUGGGAUGCUGUUUCCUCCACCACUGUUCGGUCGCUUAGUCACCUACGUUAUUCAUCGUAUGAAGAAAGAGUCAGCCAGUCUUCAGUUCACAUCCAGUGCGGCAUCACUGAAUUUGGAGGUUGGUUGUAGUCAAGUAUGCCUUUGCUGGACACCAACAGGUGUUCGCUUAGAAUGCGCUGCUGAUACACCAUCCAUCCUUGCUGAUGUGGCUUGGCAUAUGAAGAGUGCAAUUGUUGGCUUCACACAAGUUCUCAGCAGCCAAGGAUACCAGCAGUUUGCAGUUGUUGCUGAGUCUUUCGCCUGCACUUCCACAUCAUGCCAGGAUCGCCUGAAGGAGUGCAGCAGCCCUGCAGAAGUGCUGGUGCACUCGUCCUGGGUGUUGCUGACCAGCUUGCACAAGAAGCAUUUCUUGACAGCGUACGAGUCGGAUAGCAACACCGCUCUGACCUUCAAGGCUACGUGUGCUACCUGCAAGGAGAGGGUCAUUGUCCCGAGGUCCUUCUGGCCCUGGCUGCGCAAGGAUGUGCCAUUUGUCCAAGCUGAGCAGCCACUAGCAGCACCAGCGGCACCAGCAGUGCCAGCAAUAGCAGUGCAAGCAACAGCAGUGCCACCAGCAGUGCAAGCAACAGCAGUGCAAGCAACAGCAGUACAAGCAACAGCAGUGCAAGCAACAGCAGUGCAACCAACAGCAGUGCAACCAACAGCAGUGCAAGCAACAGCAGUGCAAGCAACAGCAGUGCCAGCAACAGCAGUGCAAGCAACAGUGCAAGAAACAGCAGUACGCGCAACAGCAGUACCCGCAACAGCAGUACAAUCAACAGCAGUGCAAGCAACAGCAGUGCAAGAAACAGCAGUGCCAAUGGCAGCAGUGCAAGAAACAGCAGUGCCAGCAACAGCAGUGCCAGCAACGGCACAGGCAACUGCAGUGCCACCAGCAGUACAAGCAACAGCAGCAGUAUCAUCAUCAGCAGUAGCAGCUGCAUUACCUCUGUCACCAUCAUCAUCAGCAGCAGCAGCAGCAGCAGCUGUGUUAGCUCCCUCAUCGUCAUCAUCAUCAUCAGCAGCAGCAGCAUUAGCACCCGCAGAGGCAGUUUCAUGCCAACGGUCAACAUCACCGGAGAAGCUUGCACCAGAAGAUGGUUUAGCCAAGGUACUCCAACCGGAGCUGAACACUAACCAGCCAUAUGAGGAUGAGAAGUUGUACGGCGACCCAUUCCAACAGCGUGACUUUCUAACCGAUAUUUCGCCUUGGUUGGGCAAGUUACCAGCGGGAACAUUUCGUUUGAUGGCGCAAGAGGCCGGGUUCUUCUCCGAUCUGCAGCAGAUAGAAGACUUGAAUAAGAUUGAGGAACGACAUGGAACGCGCACUCACAACGAAAAGUUGGUCAACAUUGUAAGCAGCGAGGAACAGGCUGGCUACAUCAAGCUGGUGAAGCUCAUUAAACGCUGGGGUAACUAUCCCGACAAGGUCAACAAGAUGAACCAGCUUCUGCCACGGCGGGUUCGUGUGUAAACGAUUGAGGUGUCAAGCACUUCACGCAGCACGCACUGGUACUGUUCCCUCUCUCUGUCUCCUCUCUCUCUCUCUCUCUCUCUCUCUCUCUCUCUCUCUCUCUCUCUCUCUCUCUCUCUCUCUCUCUCUCUCUCUCUCUCUCUCUCUCUCUCUCUCUCUCUCUCUCUCUCUCUCUCCCUCCCUCCCUCCCUCCCUCUCUCUCUCUCUCUCUCUCUCUCUCUCUCUCUCUCUCUCUCUCUCUCUCUCUCUCUCUCUCUCUCUCUCUCUCUCUCUCUCUCCGUGGUGUGUUCUCUAUCUUACUGACUGGCUAUGUUAUCCAUCAAAUCCAUUCCUCCAUUCUUCCUUGGUCAAAUUUGCCAAUUUUUAGCUACAUUAUGUUAUUCUUGAUCGCUACCCCACUAAAUAUACGUAAAUGAAAUAGUCUAGUAUGUUAGACAGUAGAGACAGCUAAUUGUAGAGGACCACACCAGGUUACUUUGCCCGUUGCAGAAUUACUACUUAUAGUCAUGCAGAUACAUGAAAUAUUUCUUUUGAAUUUUAUGAAUACAUAUAUUGGAAUAUUUUCACUAGGCCGGAGUCCUCAACCUCAUUUGGCCGAGGAUGUUUGAAUAUUUUUAGAGAUAUAUUUCAAGUUACUCUUUAUUUCUACAUUCCAGUCACUUAUAGAUAUACAAACUCAUUCCAGCAGCUGAUGUAAUACUCUAGGUUACUCUACCCUGUAUGAGCCCAUGAUGAGAAGGGAACGAAAACGUUUGGUUCAGAAAAUCUUCCAUUUA